AUGGUGCAGGCAGAGGUCUUGAACGACACGUCCACGCGCGGUACCUCCUUCAGCACCCUGCCUGUCCACGCGGACUGGCUUCUGGCCCCAUGGUCGGUGGACAAGGUCAACGGCACUGUGCCCGCCACCUGCACCGCCGCCAGCGCGAUGCUCGCGGCUUAUCAGGAUGAAACCAACGUUAUGUCCGUGGUUAUCUGGAAUGUGAUGCACUUGAACUCGAUGCUGCAUGCCCUCUCGUUGGCGGGGUAUACCACCUACAACGCGACAGCGUCGGAGGAACGGCAGGGGCACCCCUAUGCCACACACUUGCCCUCUUGGGCUUCGAUCCAGGUCUGGGCGUUUGGACUUGACUCAAUCACUAGCAAGAUUGGGGCGGUUAUAGUGAUUGUUGGGGCUGUGAUUGUGCUGAUGGGUGUGUUGCUAGAUCUCAAGCCGACACGGUCGCCGACGGAGCUGCUUGUCGAGGCUCUGGCGUUUUCUGAGUCCAAGGGGAGACGUGAGAGAGAUGCGGAGAUCUAUCGGACAGGGUAUGAUCAAAGAGCACGACGCGUUGCUGUUUGA